CUCUAGAUGUCCAAAGUUUAUGAGUAUGGGUAACAUAUCUCUAUAUAUUGAAGCAAAGAAGAUCAACAAGAAAGGAAAAACUAGCAUAAGAAACCAAAUUAAGUCUUCCUUCUUAAAUGGAUUCCUCAGCAACUCUUAGUAGCCGUGCCCAACUUGUCUCUAGAGAAUGUGACAACAUAUUUCCGAGCACAAAAUACCUAUCCUCUCAAAGGACACCUUCGUUUUCCUCCUCCUCGACACUUUCACCAUGUUCUUCUUCCUUUGGAUCUUCCAAUUUUGCUGAUGAUUCCCCACUAAGUCCAGCUACUCCCCUUAGAUAUUCCGGUGUUCCAUUUUCUUGGGAACAUUUACCAGGAAUUCCCAAGAAAAAACAAGCAUCCAAGAAAGAAUCCUCAUCAAAGCUCCUUCCAUUGCCACCAACUAGUACCACAACUCCAAGCUCUAGAAAAUCCCACUUGGAAGAUGUGGUUGGGAAGAAGAAUUGUAAGCAGACUUUUGAAAAAGAUCCAUUUUUUGCAGCAUUGGUUGAGUGCUCCAAGGAUGAUGAUCAAGAUCAAGAACCAAAUAAGAGCAUUUGGAAUAGUGCUAAGGUGUCUAGGAGUCUAAGUGAUCGUUUUGGUUUUAUUAGUCUUUACACUUCUUGCAAGAGAACUUCUGCAAUCUCAGAGUCCAUAAUCUAUCUUCCAAGGUCAAGCAGAACCUCCUAUGAUCUGAUCUGAUUCAUCACCGUUCCAGCUGAUCAACUUGGUAUAAUUUUCAAUGAUUCGACUGCCGGGUUUGUGUUUUCUAGUUAUAAAACAAAGCACUUUUCUUUUCUUUUUUUUUUAAUUUCCCUGUUUUUGUUUUUUUACCUUUCUUGGUAUUUGGACUUGAAGAGGACAAGUAUGUAUCAAAAAAAUAUUUAAGUUAUUGUAACAUGUCAAUAUUACUGGGAAGCAGUGUUAGACUUAGACCCUGCUUUGUUUAGUGAAUGAUUUGCAUUUUUUUUAA